CGUAAUUAGAUGUCCCUGCUCGGUCUCGUAAUUAGAUGUCCCUGCUCGGUCUCGUAAUUAGAUGUCCCUGCUCGGUCUCGUAAUUAGAUGUCCCUACUCGGUCUCGUAAUUAGAUGUCCCUGCUCGGUAUCGUAAUUAGAUGUCCCUGCUCGGUAUCGUAAUUAGAUGUCUAAUUUUGACACUCGAACGCAAAGAAUAUGUGGCAACCAGCUUGAGUUAUUUGUGGCGUAUAUUCUGAAUUGGCGUAUUAGCGUUCUAUGUUGUGUCCCGUGGUAAUACAUAUCGCAAUAGUAGAAUGGUACUCGCUCCUCUUUCGCAUAUUAGCAAGUUUGGCAUCGGAAAACAAGCGCCUUUUUGUCAACGAUCCAGUGCCAGGUUGCCACAACCACAUCUGUUAAAUGGUGGAUCAUCACAUCCAAUAUGGACACACUUGUGGUUAUUGUUAGUUCGCUUCGUAAUAACAGGGUCCGUGGUUCGAACCACAUGUUUAGCAAGUGCCUUUACCACAGCUACGGGUCAAGCUAUGCCAUGUUAGGGCAAUUAUGUAGAAAAUGCCGGUGUAUACUAAAUGUAUACAUUAGGAACACAGGACCCACGUUGAUAACAAUGAUUCCAACACUGAAGUGGCAAUCCUUUAUUAAUAUUAGGAAUUAAUUUAGCCUGCGAAACAGAAUUCAUUAUUUCGGAGAAAUCCCCAUGAUGAACCAUUGUGUACAACUACAUGGAAAUUCAAUUUUAAUCCCUUCGUCCCUAAGCUAGCUAAACAUCUUGGAUUUUAAUAGAGUAUAUCUCUAGGUCUGGAAUUUUAACUUUACAACUUUCUUAAAUCGUAAUCAAUCGUAAAAUAGCUGACAUGUGGGCUAAAAACAGACACCAUGAUCAAUUCCAGGAUUUGUUCUGCACUCAAAUACCAUAUUAUCGAUUGUUGUCCUACCUAAGGUAUUGUAUGGUUUAGAAUUACAGUCAACUCCUGAUAACUCGAACCUCCUGGGGAAAUUAGUUCGACUUUACGUAUGUUCAUGUUAAGCGAAGUCAAAAAAUGAGCUAAUUAAUACUUCGUUUUAAAAAAAUGACAAAAUUUUAUUAGAAGAAAAAAUCUUUCCAAAAAACAUAAUAUUUUACCGCUCAAACAAAUAUGAUGUUGAAACAGAAAGAACAUAUUUUAUUAAAAUUUUUAAUAAUUAAAACUUGUUUUUCAAAAAAUUACUACUCAUACAAAUAACAUGGGGCUGGCGUCUAUGUGUCGAGUGUAGUAAAAAAGUUGUUAAAUAUUGUUUCUCGAGUGUUUAGAAUUCUGCUAGCAUGUCCCUUAUUGUUAAUUACUCAUGCAUAAAAAGAUCAAUUAUCUCUUUGUUCAAAGAACGUAAAAGAUGUUCAAUUUCACAGCGGCCUACAAACUCAUAUUCACUAGGCCAACUUCGGCACAGAGGAACCUAAUCAUGAGCUUUGUUCAAAUUAUAAACUUUACUUUAUUAUUAACAUAAUAAACAAAAUAAUAACAAAAUAAUGAAUAUUUAUUAACAUGUGUAAACAAGUGAUUACGUCAUAGGCAAGUUGAUGAAAUUCGCGAUGAUAUUCUGGCGAGUGGUAUGGGUAAUUGCAAUAGCCUCAUCUCAAGAAUUACAAAAACCUCAUUUCCAGGUCGACCAUGAAGCAGGAAAGUUAGACAUCACAGCAUCAAAAGAUUCAGCAGAUAUCACGUUUGAAAAUGAUAACUUGGACUUGUUAUUAAAACCCGGUGAUACAAAGAAUCCGCUAGUCUUAGUACAUCACGAACAUAAAGCUAAAACCAAAGAUGAUAUUCCAGACAAAGCUAUGGCUAAACAUAAUAUAACGGAUAUAAAAGACAGUGCAACAAAAAACGAGGAAAAAACAGUGGUAGCUGAAAAUGAGAGCGUAGGGAAUAAAUUUGACGAUAUUGACUCUUUAAAUGAAGGAAACAAGUUUUUAAAUAAAUUGCAGAACAAUAAGUUUAAAAGAAAAAACGAAAAUAACUCAAUAGUUUUGGAAAAUGACUUUAUUUUAGAUAAACAAAAUUCGAGUGGACAAAUUUCCAAUAUAACGUGGAAAGGUAGAUUAAAUCAUACGACGGAUGAUCAUGCCACUAAUAGUCAUGUGUUGAAAAAACUCGACGAAUUAAAAAAUUUAAUGGCAGAAAACUUUCAGAAAACCGACAAUGUCAAAAGUGGUAGUAGUAUUGACGGAGCCGACAAGCUGUCGAGAAGAUUUGGUAAUUCUGACAAAAGUCAACUGACGCAUGACAAAUAUUUAGAUGCUGCAAAUGCGAUCAUUGAAAAAGUUGAAAAACAACAAGGCGAAACCGUAACAAAAUAUAGCAAAAAUAACAUCGAAGAUACCGACUAUGUAGCAAAAGCUCAAGAUAUCCUUAAUAAAUAUAAAAAAAUAGAAAAUCCUAAGAAUAGCAAUGGAGUCAUAGAGGAAGAGUUGGGUGAAGCAAAUAGCAUGGAUAAGUAUGACAUAACAGCGCUUUCAUCCACGAACUCAUCAACAGCAGACGCAUCAAGCAAUACAAAAGCACCCGCAAAUACCACCCAGUUAAGCAAAAAGAACAUAAAACCUGUAAAAACGCAGAAUCUUUCUCGUCAGGUCGAUGAUGAAAGAAAAGAAAACGUAAAACUUAUUAAAACAGAACGAAACAAGCCAAAACCUUUGCAUGAGAAUUCCACACAGAGCGACAAUGUUAUACAAGGUACUGAAAACAUGGACAGUAACUUACAGACAAAAGAAGUUGAAAGUAAAACCAGCUUACCGGCGUCUGAAAACAUGUCAAAUACAACUAGUUUAACUAACUUGUUACCUGCAGUAACUAAUAUAACAGACGUAUCGCAAGAUAACAAGACUUCAACUGAUGUGGUAGUAAAAGCUUAUAAUGCAGAUGCAGCUGUCGUGAAAAAUACUACGACAACCGACAAAAGCGAAACAAAUAGUACUGUCCAGCAAAAUAAAGAAAACGAGGAAAAGGUAUACGCUUCCAUUGAUAACAACUUAACACGAAACAUAACCGAGAUCGAACUGGAAAACAAAACAUCAACGUUCUCAAAUCAAUCCAAUGACGAUGAGUCCAAAGAAUGGCAGAAAUAUGUUUACCACGAGAAUGCGAAAAAAAAAGAUCGUCAUCUGAAAAAAUUGGUAGCCUGGGCUCCAGCAAAAUCAGAAGAAAAUCGCCCAUUUACUAAUAAGAUUGGUAGUGAGAAAAAUAAGGCUAGGAAUCUGAAGUUAAAAGCAUUGCGGCGUAAACUCCAUCAUUCUGAUAAAAAGAAAAAUAAUAAAAUAAGAAAUCAGUCGAAACAAAGAGAUUCGCUGGAAACAAAUGAGAAGUUGAAACAUGUUGAAAAAAAAUUAAAAUGCAAUGAGGAUGCUUGCCAGAAGAAAAGUGGAAAGGAAGAGACGAACGCUCAGAAUAUAACAGAUACCAACCAAACAAAUAUCAUGGAUGAAACAGAUGUUAAAAACGAAGCUAAAAUUGAAAAUCAAGAAGUGAUCGCAGAUGCAAAAGAAACGCUAGCUGCACUGGAACAUGCUAAAAUUCUAGCUAAUGAUGUAGCUAGAGAGCUCAACCAAACUGAUCUAAAAACCACUAUUGGUCAUCAAGAAUCUGUGCAAAAUGACUCAUUAUUACCAGACAAGAACCAGGGUAAACAAAAUACAUCUAAAGACUACAAGGAAAAAGAAGAAGAACUUAAAUGGGAUGAUGAUGAACGGAAACUAAAAAAUAGAAAUAGUUAUUCAAAUACUAAAAACUCAACUGAAUUAACUAAAGAAGAACGAAAUAAUCUUUAUAAGAAAUUGUCUCUUACAAAUCCUGAUGACAUAAGUCAAAAUACAAGCCACAUAUCAAAGGAAUUAUCAAACUCACCCAAUGAGCAGCAAGAUAGAAACAAUGAAAAUAACCAAACAUUCUUGUUUAAUGGAAAAUCUGAUUUGCCUGCAAGCAUUAGAACAAAGGAUAUCAGCCUAAACAAGACAAGCGUCCAUCUUUCUAACAACAAUACCAACAUGAAGUCAGACAGCUCGUCAGAUCAGAGUAAACUGUCUGCUAUUGAUGAAGAAGAAGGCGUAUCCUUCUUGUCUGAAAGCAAUAGUUCAAAGAUUGCAAAUAAUGCUACAGAAAAUCAAGAGCCGGCAGAUAAAAAUCCAAAGGAACUAGUUAAAGGUGUUCACAAGUUUCUUGGUGGUAAUGAGAUUGUCGAGGAACAAUACGGAUCUGAUCGCAAACUUAACGAAGGUGAAUACCAUGAAGAGUUCAAAAAUUUUGCUGGAAAACAAUCUGAAGAUGAAUACAGAACUACAGCUUCUUACAGCGGAGAUGAUAAAAGCAAUACUGAAAAAGCUGAGGAGAAGAACUACAAAGCAAAAGAUUUAGAAGGUAUGGUCACAAUUGAAAGGCAAGAAGAGGGAAACACGCCCGAGAAAAAGAAGGUAGAGAAUAAGAAAAAACAAAAUGUAAAAACAAAACAUAAAUCAGUACAGAAGAAACUGAAUUCAAAGAAAAUAAAAAAGGCGUUGAAAAAAAAGCAUGGAAAGGACAAGACAGCGGAGAAGAAACAUACAGCAGGAAUUGCAGAUCAGGAGAAACCACAAUCAGAUCUGUUUUCUCUUACUACUAAAGAGAAGGCAGACGCAGCUGAAAUGUUGAAAACCUUAGAUGAACAAUCUGCUAGAUUGGAGAAUAUUAGCAACGUUGCAUCGCUUGCCAUAAAACCGCUUGAGAAACAACUGAACACGGAAGACAAUCUUGGAAAAACACAACAAGAACAACAACAACAGCAACCACAGCAAAUGAAGCCACUAACUGAAAGCGCUUCGCAGGUAAAUGAAACUAGUGAAGAUGUCUUCCCUCAAGUCUUAAAAGCAAAAAAUGAAAACAUCACAUUUUCAGAAGCUGUUUCUGCGACAAAAAACCAAGAAUUUUCCUUUCAGAAGAUAGACCCUCCCUCAGUAACGUCAAAUCAUUUAGAUCUCAGUAAACCCGAAACAGAAAUUUCUGCUUUUCCAAGCGACGUCCGCAAAGAAUUAAAAGAAAAAAACAUUGAAGGUCCAAAUGUCGCUACGGCUAUGGAAGUUGACCAAACGAAGUUGACAUCCGGUUUAAAACAAACAGAUGGCAAUGAUGAAAUGCAGUCUAAUGCAAAUAAAACAAAAUCAUUUGCAAUCAACGAGAAGCUAAAACAACAAGAAGAAAGAGAGGAAAAAAUUACUAACAAGACUAAAUCAAAAAACGAGGAGAGAAGUAAAAGCGUCAGUGAAACUAAAACAUCCAAAGAAAGCGGCAAAAAUAUCGAAGGUCAUACAAUCGAGAAAGAAGUUCAAUCCCAUGCUAAAAAGAAACCAACAAACAAAAAACUAAAAAACGGUAAAUCUGGAUUUAUUAAAAGCGAAAAUAAGAAAGAAGCUAAUGAAAAUAAAGUUGAAUUCGUAAACACAAAUAAAUCAAAUAAUAUUAAUGGAAAGCCGGAUAACCCUGACAAAGAAAAACCUCCUACUCCAGAAAAGGAAAAACCUAAGAAAGAAAAUGAUAAUGCAGAAGAAGAACGAAAAAACACUCCUGAUCCUCAAGAAACGACUAAAGAGAAAUCAAAGGAAGAGAGUCAAAGUUCUCACUCAAAUAAAAAAGAAGUGACCUCACCAGAAGUAAAUAGUGGUAGAUCUAUUGAUACAAAAAACCAAACAGUUACUGAUAAUAAUUCAUCAAAUAAUCAAACAGAGGACUCAACAAACGCGUUAACAAAUGACGUAAGCAAAGCAAUGGAAGAACUUGAAGCACUAAUGAAAGAAAAAACUGCCGAAGUGAAUCAGAAUGCAAAAGAAAAUGAUGGAGAAGCAGAGGCUACCGAUUCGCAAAAUGCAGUGCAAAAGGAACUGGAAACUAGUACAGUGGAACAUCAAACUGCUGAAAGUGUGUUAAAGGAACUUAAUAAAGAAAGUAAGCAAAGCUCAGUCAAUUUUAUUGAUCCAAAGCACUUAAAACCUUUAGAGGAGGACCCAAUUAAAGCUUUAGCUUUGUUUAAAAGGAACAUCACAGAAUCAAUGGACGACGAAGAGGGAGUAGAUGUUACUGCCGAAAAUAGAGGAAUUAUUGUUCCAAGGAUUGGCAAAAUGAACAGAAAACAUAAAACGCUUGUUCCAUCGAAAAAAAACAUUGAAACAAUUUUAACCGAAGGAAAUAGUUUCAAACGAGCCGAAGAACUAAAAUUGAACAGCGCUAAGGAUUCUGAUAAUCGAAAACGAGAGCAUGAUGUUGAGAAAAUCUUGAAAAAGUAUAUGAAGGCAAGCUCAUUUCUAAAGAAGAAACUUGAUCAACUUAAGGGUAAGCAUUUAGAUGAAACUGGUGCAGUGAGACAACAAGAAGAUCAGCUACAAUCAAACGGAACAGCGGCUGACUUUUACUCGAACGAAAACAAAAAUAACGAAACAAUAAUUUCGACAGACGAAGUCAAAAAAGAAGAUUCGAACGAAAAAAAGGAAGAAGAAAAAAUGAAAGAAACGUCCGCUGCAUCGUAUAAUAAAAACACUAGCAACGAUACAAAAGAAGACAAUAAUUCCAACGCGGAUAUUAAAACAAGCACAGGAAAUAAUCAGAAUUUAAACAACGAAAAAGCGUCCACCGAUAAUGAAGUGAAUGAAGUCAAUAAAGAAAUUGACAAAAUGAGUGACGAACUCAGUGCGAUUGAAAAAGAGAGAAAACAACAGGAAGAAAAAGAAAAAUCAGAAGAAGGUUCUCUUUCAUGGAAAGAGGAUGGAGUGAAAGGUGAGAAAACAAAUGAUAUAACUUCUUCCUCAAGUCAUCAGACUGGUAGUGAAACUCAGAAUAUAACAGAUGCUGAUAGUAAAGACAGCAAUGGGGAAAGCGUUAAAGAGGAUGCUAAAGUUGCUAACAAUAGAUUGAAUCUAAACACACUGGAAAACACGCAAGACACAGUAGAGAAUGAAAAACAGGAAAGUGGACAUACCGAUCAACAAACUGCAGAAGCCAACGAAAAAGAAAAUCGAACUCUAGUUUCAUCAAAUGAGCAACAAUACAAAGACGGCGCAACAACUGAAAAUUUUCUUCAAAACAAUGAACAAAAAGAAAAUACAGAUGGACAGACUUCAAACUCAAACGUUGAAAACAGGGAACAAAAAGAAGACAGCGCAAUAAAGGAAGAACAAAAAGGACAGAAAGAUAUGAAUGCUACAACAGAAGAUCAUUUUGCAGAACAGAAGCAAAUGUCUGACCAGAAAGAAAGUAAAAAUGAUACCACAGGAAACGAGAAAAAUUCUGAGCAGACAGAAGCCACUCAAGAUAAAAAAAUAAGCGAAAUUUCACAAAAUGACGAAAAAUCACCUGUCAAUGAUAAAAAAAUUACUGACGCACCCUCUACUCCUGAAAGUCAACGAGAAUCUCAAAGUGAAGACAAAGGAAAGCAAAACAUGGAAGAGAAAUCGUAUCAGGGAGAUGUGCACUUGAGCGAUGAGAAAAAAGAAAACAAAGCAAAAGAAAACUCAAAUGAAAAUGAAGGGGAAAGCAAACAAACGAAGGAGGGUAAAAUGCCCAUUAGUGAAUUCAAGGAAAAAGAUGAAGAAGAAAAAAGCACUCAGGGUGAGGGCAGUAUGGCCGUUGGUGAAUUUAAGGGAAAAGAUGAAAAAGAAAAAAGCACUCAGGCUGAGAGUAAUAUGGCCGUUAGCGAAUUUGAGGAUAAAGGUGAAAAAGAAAAAAGCACUCAGGGUGAGGAACACGAAAACAGCAAAGAAAAACAAGAUCAAAACUUAAAAAAUGAAGAGAAAACUUUGGAUCAAGAGAAACAAUCAUAUCGAGAAAAAAUGAAAGAAGCUAAAGAGAAAGAAAAAGAAGAACUGCAAAAGUCAAUUGAAGAAACGCAGAAGUUGAUGUUGAAAGAAGAGCAGAACGAACACAUUGGUGAAGGAAAAUCCUUAAAUAAAUCAGAGAUUGGUGUGGCAUAUGAAGACGAAAACAAAGGUGAUUUAAAAGAAGCGAACACCCUGGAAGAGAUUGUCAAUAAACAAGGUCGUGGUGAUCAAAUUGAACAGAAACUUAUAUCGCAAAUGAUGGGUGGGAAAGGCGAGAAUCCUGACAAACCAAAUGCUAUUAUGAAUGAAAUAAAGCAGGAUUUCGAAAAGCAGAAUGCUGCAAAUAAUGAAAUGAAAGAGUACAGUCAGAAGGAAAGAGAAGAGGCUGAAAAAGCACUACAAGAUAUGGACAAAUUAGCUCAAGGAGGUGAUUUUGUUGGAAAUAAACCAACUUCAAAGGUCAGCAACGCUGAACCUAUUAAAGGAACAUCUGAGAAUGACGAAAAACAAGACGAGAGUUCAAAGAAUGAAAGUGCAAAGGAGAUAAGCACGGAAGAAGCAAAAGCUAAACUUGAAGCUUACGAAAAACAAGCAGGUAAAGAAAAAGAAACUUUACAGACGAACAACAACAGUGAAUUUGGUUUAACAAAAGAAGCGAAUCAACCUACGGAAAACAUUGUUCCAUUUUCAUCAAACUCGAAUGAAAAUGUUAAAAAUGAAGAAGCAACCAAACAAGGUGAAGGAUCAACAGAAAAUACAACUUUCGAAAGUAAAGCAGUCGCAAGUGAAAAAGCUAGUUCAACUUUAAAGUCUCCAAAUGAAGAAUCAGUCGCAAAAGAAAGUGAUGCUAACGAUAAAACUACGAAGAACGAAGAAACAGAAACAAAGACAGAUGAAAACUUGCAUCAAAUUUCAACAGAGAACUCAAAAACCACUGAAGAUUCAAAGAAAGUGUCUGAAAUGGAAAGCAGUUCAAAACAAGCUGAGUCUGAUUCUUUUACAGACGACAAAUCAGCAAAAGAAUCAUAUUUCACUAAUCCUUCGGAGAGAAAAGAGGAGACAGGUGAACAUACGAAGCAGCAAUCCGCAGAUUCAUAUCCCGAGAUGGGUAAAUUUGAAACACUUUUAUCUAAUAAAACAGAUAACGAGACAAUAAUAGAAGCACAAAAAACUUUGGAAGAAGCAACUAGCUCGUUGCUGAACAAUAGUGUCAUUCACACUGUAAACUCAGUUGCUCAUAUGCAGCAAGAAUUUCUUUCAAAACAGGUUACAACUGUUGAUCCCUAUUCCACGUUCAAACGUUUUAAUGUAUUAAAGCCUCGUCGUCGGAAGCGGAAAUCAAAUACGCCAGGUUGAAAAUUGUAUAUAUUUUUAAUCAAUAGAAGAUGCGGUUGAAAUUGAAGAAACUUGUAGAAACAUUUAAAUGAAGCAAGUUGCAUAAAAUGCACAUAACUGAAAUGCCGGCAUAAUAAAAAUGGAACGUUCAACAGACAUUUACGAGCAGAAAAAUGAAAUAAUAAGUUUUAAAUCGUCAGGUACCUUAAUUCCCGUAAGUCUUAACGCCCCUUUUUUCGCAGCAGGAAAUUACGCAAAAAAAAUAAGUUAUAGGACAUAGAUAUUUUUCACAUAUGUAAUUCGUACAGAUUUUUUAAUCUUUUUUAUUUCAUUACCUUUAACUUUGAUAUAAAUCAAAUUAGUAUAAGCUAGUUUAAACACCAACAUUCAACCACUUUAAGGACACUCGCCCAAGUAAUUCAUUUUUUUACUAUAAGUUGAAAAAAAAUGCAAAUACCACAAACAAACAGGUGCACGUCAACUGGGCGCGCCAAAUGACGCUCACGGAAAUAACAGGAGUGCGAACUUUAGGAGAAUUAAGGUACUUAAGAACAAAUGGUUUUUGUAAACAUAUAUGAUGUGAAAAUAUUUUUGUUUGCAUUGUAAUAUAAAAAGUUGAUUUUGUAGAUUAUGUAUGUAAAAAAAGAAA